GACGGACUCACAUUCUUACUUCCGCCGAAUCGGACGGUUUCUUCCGCUCCUCUUUUCCUCGCCGGGAAACCUCGCCGUAUUUCAUUUUUCCGGCAUUAUUCUCGCCGCAAUGGAAGGCAACGCCACCGGAAUCGGCCGAGUUCUGGUGUUGGCCUUCUGCGUCGCUGGGAUCUGGUCGGCGUAUAUCUCGCAAGGCGUUCUUCAGGAAACUCUGUCCACCAAACGAUUUGGCCCAGAUGGGAAGCGGUUCGAACAUCUGUCAUUUUUGAACCUUGUACAAAAUGUCAUUUGUUUUCUUUGGUCAUUGAUAAUGAUAAAGCUAUGGUCCAGAAGUACCCGCGGUGCUCCAUGGUGGAGUUAUUGGAGUGCCAGCAUAACAAACACGAUUGGUCCGGCAAUGGGAAUUGAAGCAUUGAAGUACAUUAGUUACCCAGCACAGGUCUUAGCGAAAUCCUCGAAAAUGAUUCCAGUGAUGCUGAUGGGUACUAUCGUUUAUGGGAUUAAAUAUACUUUUCCUGAGUAUGUAUGCACCCUUCUUGUUGCUGGAGGUGUGUCAGCAUUUGCACUUCUGAAGACCAGCUCGAAGACCAUCAGCAAACUUGCUCACCCAAAUGCCCCUCUUGGUUACGGGUUGUGUUUUCUGAACUUAGCAUUGGAUGGAUUCACAAAUGCCACUCAGGAUUCCAUAACAGCAAGGUACCCAAAGACAAGUGCCUGGGAUAUAAUGCUGGGAAUGAAUCUAUGGGGCACCAUUUACAAUGUCAUCUACAUGUUUGGUUCGCCAUGGGGAUCAGGUUUUGAGGCAGUCCACUUCUGCAGGCAGCACCCGGAAGCAGCUUGGGACAUCUUCUUGUUCUGCCUUUGCGGCGCGGUGGGCCAGAACUUCAUAUUUCUGACCAUCAGCCGGUUUGGCUCCCUUGCAAACACCACAAUAACGACAACCCGCAAGUUUGUGAGCAUUGUUGUGUCGUCGCUGUUGAGCGGCAAUCCCCUGUCUGCAAAGCAAUGGGGGAGCGUCGUCAUGGUCUUCAGCGGGCUUUCAUAUCAGAUAUAUCUCAAGUGGAGGAAGCUGCAGAAGAAGAAAAAGAAGGCCACAUAGGAAGGGAUUUUUUUUUUUCUUUUUCUUUUUUCUUUUUUAAGGUCUAAGCCUACUUUGAGGUAAUUUUGAAAACAGUCUGUGAUAUCUCAUACACAAAUGUAACUAGUGAUUUGACAGUUUUGAUGUGUGAACAAAACUGUGUAGAACUCUCUCUCUC